UCCCAGAUAGUUGCUGGUUCUGACACUUCACUAUUCAGGCAGAAAGCAAUGCGAAUGAAGUCAUCCAUUGAAAUUAUGUUCUGCUUGACGCUUUAUCAUCAACUUGCCAUUCCCUGCUUGCUUGGCACAAAGUCCUCCGCAAUGACGUGAAUGAUAAAUAUCUCCUUCAACACAAAAAGCGUUCAAAUAUUGGUAUUUCUAGAGUAUAUACAAAACAUACAUACAAAAUGUCCAUCGGCGUCGCUAUUAUUGGUUCAGGCAUUUUUGCUCAGACUGAGCAUCUGCCAGCUAUUCAAGCUACCCCUCAUCUAUCCCUCAAAGCUAUUUACUCCCGUUCUCUCAAAUCCGCACAAUCAUUGAACGUCGAUGUUCCUCUCUAUUCCGAUGAUUCGGGUGUUGGAAAUACAUACUACGAUCUUCUUCUUCGUACGGAUGUUCACGCCGUCAUAAUCGCCCUCCCAAUUCUCGCUCAACCCGAAUAUAUUGAAGCUGCUCUCGCAGCAGGCAAGCAUGUAUUGUCAGAGAAGCCAAUUGCAGGAGACCUAGAGAAGGCACAACGCUUGCUAGAAUAUUACAACAGUGAUAAAGUAAAGGGUGGAGCUACAUGGGGUGUAGCUGAGAAUUUCCGAUUCUUGGAUUCGUUUAUCUAUGCGAGGAAAGAAAUAGAGAAGUUGGGGAGAGUCUUGGGCUUUCGUAUGCAAUUUUGUGGCAAUGUCAAGCCAGGAAUGAAAUACUUUGAGACUGAGUGGCGCAAGAAGCCAGAUUAUCAAGGUGGCUUUCUACUCGAUGGGGGCGUUCAUUUCACGGCGGCCGGCAGAUUACUUUUGGGUGAAGACGCAAAGCCAACAACUGUCGUGGCAUUUAGUACACUUCUUCGGGAGCAUUUACCACCUGUUGAUACGAUCAAUUCAAUAUGGCUCACGAAGUCGGGAAUAUCAGGCACAUUCAGCGUCUCCUUCGGCACCACUCUUUCCGGUCCUGAAUAUACAGUCGCUUGUGAGCAUGGUAGCGUUUCUGUUAUCAGAAGUAAAGUCAUUGUGCGUAAGGGCGAAGAAAGCGAAAAGAACUUUACAGAGGUUGAGUUUACAGAAGAGGGUAGUGGUGUGAAGCAGGAAGUUGCUGCUUGGGCUCAGAGCAUCGUGGAUGGGAAGCCCAAUUCUAGGCAAUCUCCUCAAGAAGCCCUUGCUGACUUGGAAAUCUUGGAAAAGCUGUUGCGAAGUGGCGAGGAACAAGGGAAGAGCCAGAACUUGCAAUUCCAAAUCUAGGGUCGCAAAUUCUAUCCGAACACAUUCACGCCUUGAUAUGUUCGUAGUGUCUUCUCUUUUAUUGGGCCCUCCCGAACCUCAACAUUCAUAUGAAAGUAUAUACUUUGUAUCUCCGAGGUGUCAAGUAGUGAUGUUCUCAUUCAAACCAUAAUUGGAAUAUCUACAAUUGUAAUGA